GUAGGUUGGAGGCCAUCGCUAUUACUUUGGAGGCCAUCGCUGGUAGGUUUUGUCCCCUGAGUUCAUUCAUUCCAACCGCCAUGGCGCUCUUUAUGAUGCAGAAAUGGGAGCAGAUGCAGGACCGUGGACGUGUGCCGUGUGCAGGACUCCUCUCGAGUCUGUCUCACAUGCGUGGAGAGCUUGGCGAUAUGUCCUCCGCAUCCUUGGCCGUGGCCCUGGUAGUUGGACUUCGAGCCGUUCAUGUGGCGAAUCGACUGAUCGACCAAGUCUUGGAGGAAGUGCUGCGCAGUCAAAGCAGAUUUGCCAACUUCCUGUUGCUUUGCGCAGCAAGUUCUGGAUUUCAUGCCGCAUACAGACAUCGGGCAUUGAUCACUCAGAAGUUGAACACUCCACAGAGUGCGACUUCCUUGGAGGAUAGAACCGAGUGGCUUGCUCAACUCAUUCAUAAUUUGAAGCGGCUGCCACCCAACUUCUGGUAUUCCAGCGGCCUCACUUGCUUGAUCUCCUUACAAAUCACACAGCGUCUUGGAGUGUGGUGUGUGAAGCAGACAGCCCACAAGCGAGUAGGGCAGCAGUUGUUUGGGCUCCUUUGCAUUGCCCUCUUCCUCAUCUCCUUCUGGAGUGAGCAAAUGACCGAAGAGCAGGUGCGAUGGCUCCGAGAGCGAACGCAAUCGCUCAUCGCUCGCAACAGUCUCCAAGACAGAGCGAGAGCUGCCACAGGUGCCUUCCGAUCCGUGUGAGCGGAGGGGCACGGAAAUAGUGGACAUCGGCCAAAGUCUGCCGUGCGCAACAAAGGAUGGCGCAAAGACCAUGCAUCUACGUACAUCAAGAAUCAUCA